GUGCUUGAUAUGCUCAGACACUGCACCAGAUGUUUGUUGUAAAUGCUGGCGGUGGUUUCAAGCUACUAUGGAAUUCAGUGAAAGGUUUUCUUGACCCUAAAACGGUCUCAAAGAUACAUGUUUUGGGAACAAAAUUCCAAAGCAAACUUCUUGAAGUAAUAGAUGGAAGCCAACUUCCUGAAUUUUUGGGUGGAACAUGCACAUGUGCGGGUCAGGGAGGAUGCCUCAAGUCUAACAAAGGUCCAUGGAAUGACCCUAACAUUAUGAAGGUUGCACAUAACAAAGAAGCAAAGUUUGUAAGGCAUACAAGACGCUUAUCUGAGAUCGAGCAACGAAGGGGUUCAUUUGCUAGGUUACAUCUUUUGAAGGGUAGAAACAGUGACACGUCAACAGCUGAGUCAGGAUCAGAUGUUGAUGAUCUAGGUUCUCCUAUGAUGAGAAGCACAUUGGGGUGCAGUCGACUAGCUCCAGUUCGUGAAGAAAUGCAGAUGAGAGCACGAGAGUCUGCGGCUUAUUACAGUUGCGAUGAUCACUUUGUGGUGGUGGACAAAACAGUUGAUUAUGGCAGAGGAGGAUCAAUGCCAGAUAAACGCAGUGCCCCACAAGUAAGAGUACAAGCCCAGCCUUCAGGCACACAAAACACUCCAGGCUCUUCAAGAAACAGUCGUGCUAUACUAGUACCCAAAGAGAUUCCGGAGGAAGGGAAAUUCUAUCGUUUUCUCAGAUUACUGCUGGUUCUGGUUGUUAGGGUUUUUACCUUCUUACGCACAGUAUGCAGUCAGCCAGAGAUAACGAUGGUCAACAACCCACUACCUCCAGCUCCUGAGUUUGAACCCAUCUCUGGUGAUCAUCCAGCAGUUGAAGCGUUCAGUGUGGACCUUGUCAGUCCUGUCAUUGAGCGCCUUCAGAAGCUCGAGGGUCGGGUUGAUGAGCUCGGCAGCAAGCCCCCAGAGAUUCCCCUGGAGAAAGAACGCUCCCUCUUGGAUUCAUGGGAUAGGAUCAAAUGUAUCGAAUCUGACCUCGAAAGGACGAAGAAAGUUCUGCAGGCUACUGUGAUGAAGCAACUAGAAAUUGCAGACUCAAUAGACGAAGUUAUCUUGUCAAAGCUGCACAGGCGAAGAUUUUGUGCGUAAUAAACCAUCGUAACUCCUUAACAAUACGCACCAUGGGGGUAAUUAAACUUGAGACAACAUUUGGGGGGACAAAUUUGGCGGGAAAAGUUAUGCAUAAGACGGAUCCAACGAGUGUCAAAUGUACUUUAAGUUCAGAUUGGCUCAAAUAACGGGUGUUGGUCGGUCAUAGUGAAAUCACCCUGUUUCAUUAGUUAUCUUCUACUCACUCUGUAACGAAUAUAAGACGUUUUUUGGUGUAGUUGACUUCAGUAAAACGUCCUACAUUUUGUUACAGAGGUUGUAACUCCCAAGAAUUUGUCUGUUUUUCAUGUUUGCAAAGAGGAUAAUGGACGGACGCCAUAAAUGUGCUUCACGUA